AUCACAAAAAUAUCGCAUGGGUUUGCCAAUAGAAACCAAAGUGCACAAAUAGGCUAAACAAUACUCUGAUUAGUUUUGUAAAAGGCAAAUAUAUCAUAAUAUCUACUUUUCACAUAAUCUUGCAAGUGAUGAGAUAAAUAAUGUUUUUUCCUUGUUUUUUAGCAUUUUUGGGGAUUCGAAACCGGACUCACGGUUUGUUUCGUGCUAAAAGCCAAUCAUCUGAAGCAAUGCUGGACACUAGGACCUGUGUAAGAUGCCGAUACUACAUGAUGCCGUAAAAAGCGUUACACACACGGCCAUUAGAGAGUGAUAAAUGUACAUAGACAAAAGAGAGAUCCUCGCUUUGGCUAAUCUAUUUUUGGUCAAAGUCUAACUGAUUAUCAAUUUAUAGUUCAUUUGUUUUGUUGUUGUGUUUUUUGCGGCAAACGGAUACAAACUGAGGUGUGGCGGAGCCUAGUAGCCCGCAUGAGCGCACAUCUGGCAGACGUUGUUGUUGUUGUUAUUAGAUGUGAUAUUAUAUCGUUAGCUCUCCGUCGAAGUGCGGUGCCGCGUUGCUGUGAGCGGCGAGCGAGCCAAAGAGGCCCUUUUACUGGAGUACCAUCGACUGAAUCGAAACAGCUGAUCAACUACAUAUCCUACCGUCCGUUGAUAUAUAUAUAUAAGCAGAGUAGUGUUUUUGCCAGUGGGGAUUUGACCAGCUCUGUUAGUAGCAAGAUAGCUGAUAUGUAUUUUUCAAUUUGCCUAUAUAAGACAUUGUUUUACCUUCACCCCAUAAUCACAUACCCAAUGAUUACUGUUAAACGUUGUAGAAUAUGAAAAUUUAUGCUGAUGUGCGGUGGUAUGUGUUAUGAAUCGCCUACGUGCGUGAUCUCGCGAUAUACCGUAAUCACCAUAAACGGCGCACAACUGUAAUGAAUGACUCGCCAAUUUGAUUCUUUUAUCACGUACUAAACGAAUAUUCAUCUCAUUGUGAAGCAAAGUGUCAACUACGGAAUAAGUUUUUAAGGUUUUGUGCUAGAGUCCAAAUCAUGGAUCCAUCAGUGGUUUCUAUUUUAUGUUUUAUGUUUGACAAGCGUUGUUGGCAUAAGACACGCUUUACAACUAGCAACAUAUAGAAACGACGUAUUAUAGAUAUUCCAUGAGAAUUGAAAUAGCGAUUUGCCAACAACGAUAAUAACUAGCGGUGUAAACAUAGUGAGAUGCAUGCAUCGUUCACUUGUGCGUGCGUAUCGUUAAAAUAAACAAAGCUACAACAAGCGUUAAAAAUUUCGCCAGUCGCUUUUGAUGCUGUUAGCACAUUGACUUUCUCCCUUUUGGCCAGUGGAGCGCGAAUUACUACGGAGACGAAGUUUUCUACUGCCGACCACGGCCUCCGUUGUCAUCCUGUGCUGGAUAUCUUUCUAGCCAUUAUCGUCAUGGUUAGCUUAAGGUUAAGACGACUGUUACAGGCACUGUUCAUGACGGGACUAAUAUUUCUCGUCUAUCAAAUAUACUAUCUCGGUCAGCUGCAGUCAGGGGCACAGGUAUCGAAACGCCGGCGACUACCUCUGCCCCCACCGCCUUCGCCGCCCCAAAUAAUGCCCCUCGGAGUGGCUCCACAUUGGGCGCAUCUCUAUUGGCAUGAGGGCGCUACAGACUAUUUCCAGUGUGGUGGGCGUGAACAUCAUGGAAAGUUGGUCGACUGGAAAAAAAUAAAUGAUAACUACUGCGACUGCGGCGCAGGCGUUGAAGUCAAUGAUGAGCCUGCCACUGGAGCGUGUCCUAAUACUUACUUUGUGUGCACUCGGGAUACCACUGUCAAAGUGCCAUCUUCACGUGUCGAUGAUGGAAUCUGUGACUGUUGUGAUGGCUCGGAUGAGCCGAAUGACGUUUCACUUCCAGAAUUUGCCCACAUUACGAGACAACAACAGCAACAUCAUCGCGUGUUUCAGACGCCAUGCCAAUACCGAUGCUAGCCCUUGUUCGUUCUGAAGCGUAAACCGUAGUAAAGCGCCUAAAGAUAGUGAACAAAUAGGACCAAAGAUUGGAAACUGACAUAUGAAGUCCGAUUUGCGACUACCGGUCCAGCUACAAAAACAGUGACCCAGUAAUUGCCAGAAGGCCUCUACAGAAAUGAGCGGAAUUUUAAGUGCUGAAAUCAACUUCUACAGGAAGAUGAUGUAUAUAUGCUUGUUAUUACCAUUGUAAAUAAAUUAGAGACAUUUUUUAAGAAGAA